AGCCACAGCUCCGGGGCUGUCACUUCAGCGCGCCGCCUGGAGAGAGGACUGGAGUGGGAGCGCCCCGGGGAGUCGUCGGGGGAGGAUGCCUGGGCGUCGGCCGUGUUGCCAAGCCGCUGGCCAGCGCUGGCGAGGAAGGCAGUCGGGAUAACGCCGCCCAAACUUUGCUUCGCAGCCGGCGCUGGCAGGAAAUGUCCCUCUCUGAGGUUUGCAGAGAGCGGAAAGAGGACUCGAGAGCUGGGAGGAGACAGGGUCGAGCCUGGCAGAAGGAGUUCUUCGGAGCCCUGGAGGUAGCCUAAGGGACAAGGCCAAUAGCCCGCGUGCGCCCAGGCGAAGGGAAGUCCAGCGAUCGCGGCUUCUCCUUCCCAGCGCCCUGCAGUGACCGUGACCUCUGCGCCGCGCACGUGCUCGCGGCUGGGGAAGAGGAAGGGUUCAGUUCAACCCUCCGUGGGCAGCGACUCGCCAGCUGGCCCAGGGCGCAUGGAGGUGUCGCGGGGGCAGUGCGGCUCGCCAGCUGCGCGGGGGAGCGCGCACGCCGCGCCCCAGCCUCCCCGGGGACCUGGCCGGCCGCUCCCCGCUCUUCCUGCCUCGGGGCUCCCGGUCUCGACCAUCUGCUUGGAGCGUAGAGCCCUUUGAGCUUCGUGCGGGGACAGCGUCCCCGGUCCCUGGAGCAGGGAGGACGUUCGGCGGGACAGGUGUAGCCGGCAGCCGCAGGCGCUGCGCUCAGAAAACCUGGGCGGGCUCGGCUGGCCCAGAGUUGGCUCGCUGCGCGCGGAACUCCAGUCCCCGCCACGCAGGCGGGUCAGUUCGCCACUUUGCACUGCCAAGGCCCCGCCUUAGGUGGCUAGCCUGGGUGAAGGAAGUCGCGUCCGCGCCGGGCUGCCAAGCGGCUGCCGGGGCGCAGUCCUGAUGCCAGCUGCCCCUGGCGGGCCCCAAGCCGGCACCCGGACCUAGGCAGCUGCGCCAGGCCGCCGCCGGCGCCUCCCCCAUGCUGCUCGGAGCAUCCUGGCUGUGCGCGUCCAAGGCGGCCGCCGCUGCUGCGCAGAGCGAGGGCGAGGAGGACAGGCUGGGAGAGCGGCGGCGGCGGCGGGCGGCGGCUACGGCCGCGGGGGCGGGCGAGGACAUGGACGAGUCGUCAUUGCUGGACCUUUUGGAGUGCUCCGUGUGCCUGGAGCGCCUGGACACCACGGCCAAGGUGCUGCCUUGCCAGCACACCUUCUGCCGCCGCUGCCUGGAGAGCAUCGUGUGCUCCCGCCACGAGCUGCGCUGCCCCGAGUGCCGCAUCCUGGUGGGCUGCGGCGUGGACGAGCUGCCCGCCAACAUCCUUCUGGUGCGUCUGCUGGACGGCAUCCGUCAGCGGCCCCGCGCGGGCGCCAGCCCGGGAGGAAGCCCGCCUGCGCGUCCCGGUCCUAGUCCCAGUGCGGCCCCCGCCCUCGCGGGCGGCGGGGGCGGCGCGGUGGGGAGCGCCCCAGGCUCCCCAGUCUUCCUCCCCGCGGCCGUGGGCAGCGCCACCGGCAGUCUUCGCGAGCUGGGGACGAGCAGGAGUGCUCCAGUGGCAAAGGUCUGCUGCAUUUUACCUUCUGUGGGCCAGCAGCCACCGGACCCGUGUUCUCAUGGUGAAAGCUGUGUCCACAGGAAGCAAGCCCACCUGCCUGCCAGUAUCACAUUAGCGAAAGCAACUCAUGUGGCUGAGCCCAAAGUCAAGAGGCGGACGUGCACCUUGCAGAGCUGGAGAGGGAGCCUUCCCCAGCUUCCCUACGGCAAAGCCCUCUACAACUACGAGGGGAAGGAACCCGGCGACCUCAAGUUCAACAAGGGGGACAUCAUCGUCCUGCGACGCAAGGUGGAUGAGAACUGGUACCACGGCGAGCUGCGCGGCUCCCGGGGCUUCCUCCCGGCCAGCUACGUCCAGUGCGUCCGGCCCCUGCCACAGGCCCUGCCCCAGGGCAAAGCACUUUAUGAUUUCGAGAUGAAGGACAAAGACCAAGACAAAGACUGUCUGACUUUCACCAAGGAUGAGAUUCUGACUGUGCUGAGGAGAGUGGACGAGAACUGGGCAGAAGGCAUGCUGGGGGACAAGGUCGGCAUCUUCCCGCUCCUCUACGUGGAGCUCAACGACUCUGCCAAGCAGCUCAUCGAGAUGGAUAAGCCGUGCCCAACUGCUGCAUCCUGCUGUGAUGCCUCCUUACCCUCUGACCCUGGCGCUGUGGCCAGCCUGUCCCCAGCCCCCACUGUAAGCAGCACAGGGGCAGUCAGUGCCUUUCAGCGGCGUGCGGACAGCAAGAAGAAUGCCAAGAAACGCCACUCCUUCACCGCACUCAGCGUGACGCACCGAUCUUCCCAGGCUUCCAGCCAUAGGCAUUCCAUGGAAAUCAGCGCCCCAGUGUUGAUCAGCUCCAGUGAUCCCCGGGCUGCUGCCAGGAUUGGGGACCUGACUCAUCUGUCCUGCUCUGCUCCUGCCCAGGACUCCUCCACCUUGGCCGGAUCUGCCCCCACGGCCAUCCCGAGGGCUGCUGCCAUGGCCGGAGAACAGGGCACGCCUCCCAAGGUCCAGCUGCCCCUCAACGUGUACCUGGCACUUUAUGCCUACAGGCCCCAGAAGAGUGAUGAGCUGGAGCUGCACAAGGGUGAGAUGUACCGCGUCCUCGAGAAGUGUCAGGAUGGCUGGUUCAAGGGGGCAUCCCUGCGGACUGGGGUCUCCGGGGUGUUCCCCGGAAACUAUGUGACGCCUGUCUCCAGGGUUCCCAUAGGAGGGGCUGGGCCAUCCCGGAAUAAUGUGGUUGGAGAAUCUCCGCUGGCCAAAGGGAUCACCACAACAAUGCACCCAGGCGGCGGGAGUCUUAGCAGCCCGGCCACUGCCACCAGGCCUGCCCUGCCCAUCACCACACCCCCAGCCCAUACCCAGCACCCAGCCUCGCCCCCAACAGGCAGCUGUCUGCGGCACGUGGCUCAGCCAGCAGCCAGCCAAGCACGGAGCACCAUCCCAACAGCUGCCCACCCCUCAAGCCAGGCUCAGGACCGGCCAACCGCCACCGUAUCACCCCUGCGCACUCAGAACUCUCCAUCCCGCCUGCCCACCACCAGCCUCAGGCCCCACUCGGGGGUGUCCCCGCAGCACGGCCACCAGCCCCCAGUGCAGAUGUGCCUGCGGCCAGCCAUCCCCCUCACAUCAGCUGCAUCAGCCAUCACGCCUCCCAACGUCAGUGCUGCGAACCUCAACGGGGAGUCUGUAGGUGGACCCAUCGGGGGGCUGUCCACAUCCAGCCCCACCAAUGCAGGGUGCAAACUGGAUGAGAAGAAGAAUGAGAAGAAGGAAAAGAAGAGUGGGCUCCUGAAACUUCUUGCUGGGGCGUCCACCAAGAAGAAGUCACGCUCCCCACCAUCCAUCUCCCCAACCCACGACCCCCAGGCGGCAGUGGAGGCCUUGCUCCAGGGCGCGGUGGGCCCCGAAGUAUCCUCACUAUCCCUCCACAGCAGGGCAGGGUCCUGCCCCAUUGAGAGUGAAAUGCAGGGUGCAGUGGGGAUGGAGCCACUGCACCGGAAGGCAGGCUCCUUGGAUCUGAGCUUCUCCUCGUCCCCCUCCCGGCAGGCACCUCUCUGCAUGGCUGCCCUGCGCCCAGAGCCCAAGCCACUGCCCAGAGAGAGGUACCGUGUGGUGGUCUCAUACCCGCCCCAGAGCGAGGCAGAGAUUGAGCUGAAGGAAGGCGACAUUGUCUUUGUGCACAAGAAGCGCGAGGACGGCUGGUACAAGGGGACCCUGCAGCGAAAUGGACGCACGGGCCUCUUCCCGGGCAGCUUCGUGGAGAGCUUCUGAGGACCAUGCCCUCCCCUGGCUACCCGAGUGGCCUCCUGGGAAUCCCCAGGCAUGAGGAGAGGGGCUGUGACUGCCCAAGGGCCUGGGUCCCCUCCAAGGUGGCUGGUGGGGACAACAUGGCCUGGGGCAGGGGCCCAGGCUGUGGAGGUCACAUCUUUGCCCAAAACCCAAUGGAGAGCACACCCUGGGGUGUUCAUUGAAAUGUCCACCCCUUUGUGCAAACUGUAAAGAAAGCACCUCGUAGAAGAAAAGAUACCCGUGCAGGCCUGUUGUGGCUGUCUGGGUUCGGAAGCUGCAGGAAGACGGUGACUGCCCUGAGCUUCCUGCAGGGCCCAGAUCCCUGUCACCUCUCUAUAUACCUCAGUCACCUGCUGCCCAACCACUCAGCAAUGGUGUUAAUGGUGGGGGGGCAAGGGGCCAGGAGUCCCUCGGAAGAUCCACCACAUGGCUCCUGUUGGGAACUAGAGCAGAAUCCUGGGUGGCUUUAUCUCCUGCCAGCGUUGUAAGUGACACUCUAUUUCACCACCACUGUCCUUUGCAUUGCUUCUUUCUUACGACAUCUUUUUAACGUGAAGCUGUUAGACUUUAUAUAUUUCUAAUAGGUCAGACAUUGCCUAUUUUUCAUACAUCUGGUGCUGCCUUUUUGUAAAACUAGUAAUGACUUGGUUGAGGUUGAAAGAAAAAAAAUGUCUGAAGCAACAUCAAAGGGGCAGAAUUUUUGUAUUUACCAUAUGAAUUUUAGAAAAAGCUGAAUAGGCCACAUCCUCCACAUGUUGGCGUUGGCUACCCCUCAGUGGGGUGGGAGCAUAUCCCUUUAGGUGGUUGGAGAGAGUUGGGAAACAGCCUGUUUCUUUCAGCCUUUACCAAACUCCAUGCUCCGUCUAGACAGUGAUGAUUAUUAUUCAAGACCUGGAAACAUUUGGAGGAAGGGCCACUAUAAUUGUCCUUUUGUGUGUCUGUAGGAGUGAACACGUAGGUCCAACCCCAGCCCAGGAAGGCAGAAUCUUCCUUUUACUGCUUCAAAGAGAAUGACUUCAGCAAUUCGCAUUCUCAAAAUACCAUUUCUUGCUGUCAAAAUGUGCAGUGGUACAAACCGCACCACCUAGCAAAGGUUUUUCUCUUCUUUUUAUAAAAUAAAUGACUGCUUCCAUAUCAGACGGUGCAAACAGAGAGAGCAGAGGUGCAGUCAGGACAGGGAUGGCCGCACCUCUGCAGACAUGCAUCAUUGGGGCUGGGUAGGACAAGAGAGGAGGGAGGGCAGCUUUGGUCCUGGGACCUUCCCCUAAGUGGGUUGACAGACUAUAUUCCUUAGCACAGCAGAUCGAGUCCCAGGGACACUGAUGGAGGGGCCCUGUCAAGAGACAAUUUUAUUCUUGAGAUUCAUGCCUUAGGCACACAUUCUGUCAUCUCAAAUUCUCAAGUCAUAACUCCUCUCUCUCUACCUUCAUUUUUACACAAACCACUGAGACUUAAAUUAGACUGAAUAAAUUGCCUUUGGUAACAUAGGGUGUCACUGGUUUUCGGGGAUACAACCAGCUCCAGAAACACAUUCUUUUUCCUGGCAUGAAGCCUUUGAAAUUUGGGCAGCGUUGUUUUCAGAGUUCCCAUUUGGGGACAUGGCUUGGCUACUUGUUCCCGCCAGGUGGUCACCACACUGGGGACAGGGGUGGAGGGGGUCCAGCCUAGAGAAAGGCUCUUUUCCUCCCACCAGACGGCAGUAGAUGUAAUACAUUUGAGGAAUUUGUUCAGAAUAGAAGAAGAAAGAAUCUGGUUUAAACACAGGGAUCCCUGAAAGUUAGUGACAACCAGAGGGUAACUAUUUGCCCUUGCUGCCGAAUUAGUUGUCAUGCACAAAAGUCCUGUGCAUGUUUAAAUUCAUGCUGUCACCAAAGAGGUGCGUGGAUUAACACCCUGAGUGAGACAUGUGUUCUCCAGCGAAACCAGACUACCUAAGUGUCCACAUAAUAAACACUUUUUUAAACCAGGGCAGCUACCAAGCAACAGAAUAGACUAACUUGGACCUUCUUUCCUCUGGUGCUUCCGGUAGGAAUGUACUCAAAACCCAGGUGAUAGUGGGUGAGCCAGCAGCCCCAGGCUGAGCACCCACACUGCACAGGAGAGGGCAGGGCAGGCAUCACAGUAUCUUUGGAAGACAUCAGCCAGCCCCUGUCACAGUAGAGUCAGGGGUGGGCGCUGGUGCUGCCUUGGGAAGGAAGUGAUGCCGUGGGCCCAGCCAGUGCCAGGGCCUGUUCUCUGAGAGCUCUGGGAGCUGAUGCCAGGACUCCAGAGAGCAAGGGAAAUGCACACAGGCUGUGCUUGUGCUGAGUGUUCCCCACACCUGCAGCCUUACAGACCAUGUAACCUGCAGAUAAGAGCAGGAGUAGGAUUCACCCUUUCCUUCAGGCCUCCUCAUCUUGAAGGACAGACUAUUGUGGUUGUACAUUGUCUAAAACUCUGCUGUUCAAUGCUGGCCUCAAAAGUAGACAUGUCUUAGUUGUGUGGUGGCAUUUGGUGGCCCUGGUGAGGAUCUGGGAGGAGCCCAGUAUGGUUCACAGUCGUAACUGAGUGAGGCCAGCAGACCCCAAAGAGCCAGGACAGCCACUGCCUAGGGCCCAGGGAGUGGGCACGGCAGCAGGGUGGUAGGCCAUGGGCUCUCUCCCAAAUCCUCCCAGGGCGAAUGCCAGGCUGGGCGCCCUGAAACAAGCUCAGCAGACUGAAUGAGAUCCUUCGUACUUCGCACAGUUCACACACACCCCAGUGUUCUUGUUAUACGCAAAUGUCAGCGUGUGGUUUUGGAAGACUUGACAGUAAUGACAAACUAUGAUGCCUGUGUUUCCGAGUCUUUAAAUAAAAAUGAA